CUGCCACGGGUACAUUGACUACAUUCCAACCAUAACGACCAUGGAGCGUCAUGCCAUGACCCCGAGACCCCCGAAACCAAGCCCAUGAAAGCGAAACCAAGCCCAUGAAAGCAUGCGCAUGCUGGUGAGUCGUGACCACGCGGACGCCUGGACAGUGGGCACUCCUGGUGCCCUGGACACCUUCACUCGUGUUAGCCUCCUGGGCCUGCUUGCCUGCUUGCCUGCCUGCCUUGGUGCGAGCAAACACCUCCUCCUGUGCCCUUCGAUUCGCUGCAUCCAUUUGGAGACGACGUGGCUCACCGCUGCAGAGAAAUCCCGUUGCGGUGAGUCGUGGACGUGGAGAGAGGUCCUACUUGUUCUCACUUUAUCUAUGGCUGUCGAUAGCGCCACGACUGACCACAGCGCGUUCUGCGACUUGCCCUAUUGGUACUACCGGCGGAGUGGCCACCGUUAGUCUCUCUUACACACACAUAUUCGACUCUACUGUUGGCCUGAACUGCCUCAGCCUGGCGACGAUGGAGCGCCGCUGGAACCAACCGGCAGGGUCGCCAAUCCCGCGUCGAUGCCUGCCGGAAUGCAACAGAAGUUCUAGUCCCAGUCCUAGUCCAAUGCAAGCAGCCAACUCCAACGACACUCUCGGAAACAUCAACCAAGUCAAUGAUCCUUCGAUCCCCAUGACUAUGGGUUCCCCGUCUUCGCCAUACCAUUAUCCACCAGCGGCCCAGACGCAAUGUUGGUCCCGCCUGCGUCCUUAUAGUCCACCGCACAUCAACAAGCAAUCGACUGCCACCACGGGACGUGACCACAGGCCCGCCUAUAACCAUCGGACCAUGCCAAGUGAAUGUCACACAAAGUCUGAAGCAACGACUUAUCUGGAGACGUCACUACUCUCCAAGGACCCGAAUACCACCACGACAGGCACAGCUUCGAUCCCACCGGGGGAUUCCUCCUGCGACACGCCGAACACGAAUACCCGGUAUACACUGCUCCUCCGCCUGCCUUGUGAGAUCCGCGCUAUCAUCUACCACCUCGCGUUGCACGACGGCCGCGAUAUCGACCUGCUGCUCACCUGUCGCCACAUCCUCAUGGAUACCUCCUCCAUCAUCUACGACCGGCCCAUCAGCUUCGCCUCCCAAGCCAAGCUCUUCGCCUGGAUCGAUCGCAGCAGCGAGCACGAUCUCCAACGCGUCCGCCACCUAACCAUUCAACUCACCGACGUGGAUCUCACACCCCUAUGCGACCCCACAGCAAUUCGCCACGGUGGUAGUAACGGUAAUAACAACAACAACAACAGUAACACCAGUAACACCACCACCGCCCCCACCGCCUGGGACCUCUACCAACGCGAACUCAUCCAUCUCGACGCAGCUCUAGCAGCUCUCCCCACAUUGGAAACUCUGACUAUCCGCCCUCCGGAUCAACAUCGUUCCAUGUUUGUCCGAAGCAUGUAUACGUGCUUUGUGGCUCGCAUCCCCCUUCGAUGUCCACGGCUGAAACUUUUGACUUUGUAUAAUAAUAACAAUAACAAUAAUAAUAAUAGUAGUAGUACUGGUAGUAGUAGUAGUAGAAGCAAUCCCUUGCAAAAUUUGCCCGAGUUGAAGCAGCUUGCGAAGGUUGUUUUUGAGGAUUUGCCUCCUGCUUCUUCUUCUGCUGCUACUGGGAAUUCUUCUUCGUUAUCGAAGGCGGCUGCUGCUGUGGCUGUUGCUGCUCAGAGGGGCCCCGUGAGGGUGAAAUUAGAAAGGGAAGAGUGAAGAGUGAGGGUUUGAAGGCGGGGGUUUUGUUGUGAUUUUUUUAUUCAUAAAAAAGGAAAGAAAGAUGGUUUUUGGUGAUACAUGGAAAGAA